GGGUGACGCAUACUCCCGUAAAAGAAUCGGAAUCGAAAUACCAAUUUCAUCUCUUUACGCGUAAUUCGUGAAUAAUCUUUUGCAAUACAUUGUUUAUUUAGCAUUUAAUAGUAUAAUUGGUGGUCCAAAAUGAGUUUUCUGGGGAAGUUAUUCGGUGGAAAGAAGGAAGAAAAGGGUCCGACGACACAUGAAGCUAUUCAGAAAUUACGUGAGACGGAGGAGUUAUUGUUGAAAAAACAGGAGUUUCUAGAAAAGAAAAUCGAUAUAGAAAUACAGACUGCUAGGAAAAACGGCACAAAGAAUAAGCGAGCGGCCAUCGCGGCUCUUAAGCGCAAGAAGCGUUAUGAGAAGCAGUUGACACAGAUCGAUGGCACUCUCACGCAAAUUGAGGCACAGCGCGAGGCUCUAGAGGGCGCUAACACCAACGCUCAAGUAUUGAACACUAUGAGGGAUGCUGCUAACGCCAUGAAAUUGGCUCAUAAGGAUAUCGAUGUAGACAAGGUGCACGAUAUUAUGGAUGACAUCGCGGAACAGCACGACAUCUCGCGGGAGAUCACGGACGCGAUCAGCAACAACGUCGCCUUCCCCAACGACAUCGACGAGGACGAGCUCGAGAAGGAACUCGAGGAGUUGGAACAGGAGGAUCUGGACAAAGAGAUGCUGGGCAUCAACGUGCCCACGGACACGCUGCCCGACGUGCCCACAUCGGAACUUGUCCACGACAAGCCGAAGCCCAGCAGGUCCAAGCAGACCGAGGACGAAGACGAACUUGCAAAAUUGGCUUCAUGGGCCACAUAAUCUCCCGACCUCAACGAGUUGUAAGUUUGUGAUAUAUUAUAGGUACUGUAUAGCUGUCCGCUUUGUUUCGCACUCUUUGUGGGGAUAGUG